AUGAUGCCCGGCGAGACGCAGCCGGCGGCGCCCGGCUCGGCGGCCGGCCUGGCGCGCUGUCAGGGCUGCGCGUCCCUGCAGCAGAACUUAAAUGAGUACGUGGAAGCAUUAAUCACUCUGAAACAAAAAAUCAUUAACACUGACAACCUGUUAACAGAAUAUCAGAAGAAGUGUGAUGAGCUGCAGUUUGCAAGAAGAGAGAACAGUACUCUGCAUCAUCAAGUGGAACAAAUGCUCCAAAAAAUCUCUCCUCUGCAGAAAUGCCAGGAAGAAUUGGGAUCCUUAAAGGCAGAGCUGGAAGAGAAAAAGAGCUCUCUAAAGCUGUACCAGGACACUCAGCAGGAGUAUGCCCGCGUGAAAGAGGAGUGCUUGAAAAGCGACGCUCAGAAGAAGAAACUAGAAGCUAAGGUGAAGAAGCUGGAGGAGGCUGUUAUGAGGCAAACUCAGGACUUCAAGCAACUGAGGAAUGAAAAGAAAAUGCUUGAAAAGGAAUUUAAGAAGACACAGGAAAGGCUCGAUGAAUUUUCUAAGCAGAAAAAUGAAAGAGAGUUGAGACAUAUUGGAACACAGAUCUCCAGUGAUUCUUACAGAAGCAUAGAUAAGCGAAAGGUCAAGGGGCUGCUGAAGGAACUCUGGCUGUGCGUGAACGGCGUGCGCAGCGUGCACGGCCCAGAAAACCCUACCAAAGAAAAUGCCAUCCAUGGACCAUCUGGGGAAGGUGGAGCACUGCCUCUAGCACAAGGCAGUCCUCCCAGGACUUCGGGUGUGCAGGCACGCCCCACAGAGCUGUCCGUGGAGGGCGAGGGCCACUGUGCUAACUGUGAACGUGCAGAGGACGAGCAGUCCAGUGAAGGAGGAAAGCGUAACCCUCAGUCCAUCUCCCACGAGGAGAGGCAUGCCACAGUCAUGGAGGCGCAGCCUGGUGCGGGGGACAGGGCUGACUUCCCCGGCUGCGGACGCUCCCUGGAUGAAGAUCUUCAAGCCGCGAUCCACUUCUUCAAGCCGCCCCCACCUCUGCUGUCUCCAGUGCCCUCUCCCCCUCUGCCGCCACCACGUCUGAGCGCCUUCUCUGCUCCCCUGCUGCCUGAAACCUACUUUGGAGCGUAUACAGACUCCAGUGACAAUGACUCUGUCCCGCUUGGAAGUACUGCCGAGUCUGCUUCAGAAGACGAGGCUGUCGAAUCACAGGAUUAUUUUGGCUUACUUGGGAAAAGUGAGGGAGAUCGUACAUGGGCAGGAAAGCCCAAGCCACAGAGUGCUGUCCGCAUUCUCCGUAGAUCUUCUGCACGCACAGUGACGCCCAACAGAACGGAGCCUUUAGUGGCACUGCCCAAGGAACCUCUCACCCCCUUGUCCUCAGCCCAAGGAAGGCAUUGGAUAGCAUCACCCAGAUUUGUGAAUGAACAGGAGACUUUCAAUGUGGCAGAAAGGCAAGUGGGUAUCGAGAAGCCAGGGAGUUCUGUUCAGGCUGGAAACACACUUCAUAAGCCUGCUUGGAAUCGGUGGGUUGAGAUGCCAUCUGUCAGCCUGACACAAGAGAAGGUCAUUGGGGCUGAGGAGUCAGAGCCAUCGUCGUCUCCCCUUGUUGAGAGGACACUGAGUGAGCUCAGUGGGGCUGAAGGAAAAUCCCCAUCAUCAACAAUGAAGAGAUUGCCCCAGCCAGGAUUUACCAAGUGUUCACUCACUGAUGGGAUCCCUUCUGAAUCAGACCUGGCAACUGGUGCUGGCUGUUUUCAGAGAUCUGGAGAAAGGGCAAAAGAAAGAGAAGCUGUGAGAGGGUCAAUGUUAGGAUCACCUGAGCCAGACAGCCCCAGCUCAGAUGAUGGGAUGGAGGUGGUGGGGCUUGAUGGUGAGGGCAGCUUUUCCUCCUCCUCUACCUCAGCAUCUGUCUGCAGCAAGCCCCAGUCAUCACGGCUGACACUUGUCAGCAAUGCACACAACCCAGUGGAAGUCUUCCCUCGGCAAGUGUGUCACGCAGAACAGUUGCAGAUGGGAACAUUAGAUGCCUUUCUUCUGCGUGCUGAGCCUCCCAGUUGUGCUGAACAAGAACAUAACCCAGGGCAGAGUACACAUGCUCUAAGUUCUGUGCUGGGGGCACCUGCUUUUAAUGAUCAGCAGAGCAGAAAGAAGGAAGGUACAAACAUUUUAAAAGGCAUGACCAAAAUGUACUCACUUCCCCAGUCAGUAUUUCGGAAGGCGACAAAAGAUGGGCAGUGUGAGAGCCAGGGUCCAGUUCCACGGUUCACGCUCCGUCCGUCAGGUCUGACCACAGUGGCCUGCUCGCAGCCCGGCUCCGGCACAAGGGGCUCCGCUGUUGUUAGAAGCGCUUCAUGGCACCACAGUGAUGUACUAAGGAGAGCUGGUCGGGAAAGUCCUGUAGCCAGCUCUGAGUGUGAGCAGAAGGGGAGUCGCCAGUCAGAGAAGGGAGUACCGGCCUUGGGAGGUGGAGGGUUGACGAGCGAGCCAGAGCAGCCCAAGGGAAGGGCCCAUGGUCCCCCGGCAUCCAGGGCCUCUGCGGCUUUAUUGCCCAACCAAGUGUCAGUCAUCACAAAGCAGACAAGGCCCGAGAAGGCUCCGAGCGCCAUCCUGGAGCAGAGGAGGCCACGUGGGGAUGAGCAGACCUCGGCCACAGAGAGUCAUACGAACACAGCUGGCGCCCUGCCCUCUGUAGCCGGACGAGCCAGGGCCAUCCAGGAGGCAGCUGUGGUCAAAAGCCCUUCACCAGAAGUGUCUGCCUCUUGGGGAAAACCGGACGCUGGUUUUCCACGUGGUUCCUUACCAGCAGAGAGCUUUGAUUAUUCCACAGAUGGCAGGGUGACUUUCUCUGCUGAGCACAGCCUUACCCAGAGCCAGGACUCUGAGAGCGAGUCUGCGCCGCGGGGGGAGCCGUGGAAAUGCACACAGCCUCCCCCUGCGGUCAGGCUGGGCGCCACUAGGGUGCACAGUGAGGAGCUGCGCGCAGCUGAGGUCACAGAGUCCUGUAGAGCUGCAGGCCGAGCGGGCACUGAGGCCCCCGUGGUCACAGGUGGUGCUCCUAGCGCACCCCAGCGUGCAGCUGAAACUUUUCCUGAAAGCCGCCCUGCGCGCUCUUCACCACUUGGCAGUGCAGACGAGGAGGCCCAGGACGGACUCCAGAGUCGUCUUCCUGUGGCUUCCCGCUGCUCCACAGGCCUGCGCGAUCCGGCCGGGGAGGACACGGAGCUGGAGGAGAGCGAGGCGUGCAGCUGCAGCGAAGGCGAGCGCGAGCUCGAGGCCGAGGGCACCGCGGGGGGCGGGCGGCAGCAGGCCGUGGGUGACUCGGGGAGGCAUGUGGGAGACAGCAAGGCAGAGGCAGCCGAGGCAAGACCCUGCACAGAUGUAGGCUUUCUGACCUCGGCUCUGCAGGACUUCAGCCUCAGCCCCUUUCCUGAUCUAGACAGGCUGUCCACGUCAGAGGUGGUCAUGUUUCUCCAAAGCUGCCAACUAAGGGAUUACAGCUCAGGGGACUCGGUGUCGGAAUGUUCUAGCAGAGGAACCCUGACUAAAGAGUGGAAGCAGAGUGCUGUGCUCUUGGGCAAUCUUGGGAAGUGUGAGGAGGAGAUGCUUGGGACCUCGGAGGAGUGGGUUGAAGCAGAAGAUGAUGAUCCCUCUGAGAAUUUCAGCCAGCAUGGCCCGUGUUCUUUGGAAACUCUGUCCGCGGUUCUCACCAAGCUGGGGCGAGAACUGCAUGCACACCGUGAGGACUGUAGCAGUGAGGAUGCAGAUCGCCCUGUUCUCCUAAGUGUGCACAGCAGCCCAACAGCUGACCAUUUGGAGGCAGUGCCACUGGAGGAAACCCCCGCUCCCCAUGCUCCAGAGCUGCCCCGGCCAGCAGUUGGGAACAGCACAGGCAGCUCGCCACGUGGUACAUGUGAUCCUGAGCACAUUCAGAGCAGACUCAAGGAGGACUCCAAUAUCACCAAGUCUGCCAACAGUGUGGAGGGUGACCUGAAAGAACCUGGGCCACCAUUGACUCUGAGCUCCUACUGUGAGGCCCCACUUAGGCCAGAGCAGAGUCGCAGCUGUGUGGCUGAGUCAGCGGUCCGGUACCGUAUCUCCACAGUGACCUCCGAAGUUAUAAACGUGGUUAUAAACAAAAACCAGAAUGUAGUUAUUGAAAAGGGGGACAACUGGACGAUCAUCAGUGGGGUUGCCAUCUCUCCAGGAAUGGGACAGGUCCUGUGUGGUACUGUAGGGGAUGGUCCCAUUUCUCAGGAUCAGGGGACACUGGACGCUAGUUCUGGUUCCGUGAUGUCCAAGGAGAAGCCUAUAGAGGCUGGCCACACUAGUGCCCUACUUCCAGAGCCUCCAGGUGGUAGCAACUUUCCAGGUUCCCAAGAAGAUGUUUCCAGCACUGGUCAGAGUGCCAACUUUGAUAAGAGUCGCUUGCGGAGCAGGCCCGUGAAGCCUAGCAUAUGGGUUAGCUCUCAGAUAUAUGACCAGCUGGGGGAGACCGAGAGGGUUGUUGCUUUCGAUCACACGUACUGUAACUGGAAGCUCGAGUCUGUCAGCAAAAGUAAAAAUCGAUCAAAAAUCUCAAACAAAGAUCAGUCCCCCAAGCCCGGGAAGACUUGGGGACUAAGCAGGGACGAUGCUUGUCAGGGUGAAGUUAACCAGCCCUCGGGUGCCAGAGAGAGCACAAAACCUCUUCGGACCCAGGCCCAGCCCAUCUUGGCCAAUGCUGACACGUCUACCCCCAUGGACUCUUCUCCCGACACCCUGAGCAAGAUCCGCCAAGAGGUCGGGCCCCCAUUGCCACCUCUUCUUGCUCCACUGAUAGCCACACCUCCAAGGAGUUCCCAGCCAGUGUCCCCUGUGAUAUCAAGCUCAAGUCCCUCACCAGCUUCCCCUGCCAGUCACGUUUCCCCCUUGUGUGAUAUCUCAGGGCCUCCUGGGUUGUCUUCCUGGCCUGAAACAGCCCAGCAGGCUUCCUCACCAGGACCCUCUCCAGCUCCAUCUCCUGCUGCAGGGGCUGCUGGAAGGAUCGUAUCCUCUCCUCUGCAGUUCUGCUCAGCCACACCCAAGCACGCACUUCCUGUGCCUGGCCGACUCCCACCCUGUGCCCCUGGCCAUGCAGUGGUAGGAGGGACUCAAGAAAAUUCUGUUAAAAUCCUAGACACCAUGUACCCAGAGCUGUCUGCCAGAGCCCGAACCCUCAACCUCCUCAAAGGGAACCUUCAGCUGUCUCGAGGUUCCUGUGUGGAUGGGAAGGUGCUCAUAGGGUUCAAAGCCAUCACCUCCACCUCAACAGCUUUUGUCAAAACUAGGAGCAGCUGUGGUGGUGAAGGGAGCCAGAAGUCAAGAGACAUGGGUACCCAGCAGGGCAUGAGUGCCAAGAGAACUUCGUCAGCCUGUACGCUGAGGAGUGCUAAAAGACUACGCCUAGACAGUGAGUCCCCGGAACCAGAAAGCAGGGCCGUCUCUGCAGGAGUCAAGAACCUCCCAGGAACAGCCCCCCAGGCUGACCCAGUCACGGCAGAGGAGGGGCAAAGCGCCAGCCCAGGGGGUGGUCCAGCUUCUCCACUGCCUGGUGACCCCAAAGAAACCGUGGAGUCCCCUGAUGAAGCCAUAGCUCGGGCAAUGAAGAAGGUCGCCGAGGCUGCUUUUGACCUGUUGCCUGUCAUUCGCAGUCACGUGUAUGUGGGGAAUAUCUCCAAAAAGCCUGUCAUGAGAGACCAAGAGAAGGAAGUUGUGUAUGAAUUCAGCACAACAAAAAAGCACUUAGCUGAGUGCUUACUGCGCUCUAUUCUCUCAGAGCUGAAACUCGAGAAGACAGCUGAGGACCCCAGCUACCUCCACGCCCUGUGCAGAGUAUAUGUGGGCAUUUGUCGGCAACUUGGAGACCUGGAAAGAGCUCGCUUGUUUUGUUACAGCAUACUGAAGGAAGAUUUUCCGGAGUCUGAGAAGUUGACUCUGUUUAUUGCAAAUACAUGGCUUGACAUAUUUCUCUCCCAGUCUGUGAUCAGUCAAGCAAUGCAGUUAGUAGCCAGGCACCGGGCCAAAGGAGAGGUUCAGAACUGCCUACGAGCCUUCUUGUGCUGGGAAAAGAAUGCUCCUGUAGAUGUGGGCAUCAUGGUCUCUAAGCUGCUUUUGACCGUACAGUUGUGCCCCAAAACAGAAUUUCAGUCCAGUGAAAAGUUUGGUGAAGACCUAAGUGACAGCAUCUGGGAGUACGUCCUUGCCAUCGACCUGCUGUGCUGCCAUCAGAAGUGGGUGUGGACGCACGACCAUGUCAUCAGUAAGGAGCUGUGGCCUGUGAUGGACAAGUGGGUAAAAUUCAGGAAAGGACAUGUGAACAUCACAUACACCCCUGAUGUCAUUGUGGCGUCCAUACUGAGGCUGAUUGGUCGUUUAGGCCAGUUGGGUUUGAAGGAAGGAUUUCCAACUGCUGUGAGAAAUAUUAGUUCGGUUAUUGGUAUGUUCAUACAACAUGCUCGGGAUGAAGAUAUCCCCUGGGGCAUACAGUUAGCAGCCGUGUAUGCUCUUUGCGAAUUAAGCCCCAGCAAUCCAGCAGAAAUUUCCAAGAUCCUAGAAGCCUGGCGGAGAGAGACUUCCAACAGUGUUCCGAGUGCAGUCAUCAGCUGCCUGGAGGAAGUGGACUCACUGAGCACAGGGGACUCAGAUCCUUGAACGUGGUUGGCUCCCUCGGCAUGGGGGGCUCGGAUCCCUGAACGCAGUUGGCUCCCUCAGUAUGGGGGCUUGGAACCCUGGGUGCAGAGGUCUCUGCUGAAGGCCACAGUCAAUGUAGGAGAGAAGUGCCUUGACCCCUUUCGACUGAUGUAGCCAACUGACCUGCCUUCAGCCUGCACGCUGAGGCCGGCCCGCAGAGAAGGAAGCCGAGAGACCAGGGAGCUCCUGCAGUGCGGCAAAGAGAGAAGCAGGCAGGGCCUAAUUUUUUCCUGGACCAUGUGGCCCUCUGGUCGUGCGACAUGGGUUGUGUUACUGUGUCUUGGUCAAACAACAAAAACUUGAACUUAGCCCUUUUUUUGCUGCAGUAAGUGUCCUUUUUUUAGUGGCUUUUAAAAGUUGAGUGGCAUUUUAUAAUAACAACAUAGAAACACAAUUUGGUUCCUGAGGUAUUUUUAGAUUUUAUGCUCAAAUAAGUGAGUAGGAAAAACAAAUUGGCUUAAAAGAUUAAAAGGACCAGAGCCUCCCAUGUCUCGGCUGAAAGCAGCUACAAACGUUUCCCAUGAUGUGUGUAACUGACCAGAGGAGAACAGGUGUGGGAAGAAACUGACUUGAGCAUUUUUUCUUCCCAUCUCUCAAGUCCCUUAAGCAUGUAUUUCUGUGUCCGGAAGCGGGGACUGAGCCCUGAACAUGCCCCGUGCCUUUCUACAGGCUCUGCGUUUCUCUGUGGGCAAGCCCAGGUGAGCAGUGGCUUGCUGGGCGGUGUACAUACGGACAGUGCUAUCUAUGAUGUGUCUCACAUUGGAUGAUAUUCCACUUUCGGAAUUUUAGUAUUUGUAUAUAGAAAAUGGGUUUAAUAACUCACCAUAAUUCUGACCUGUCUUAUUAUUCGUCAUUUCUUAAAACUCGUGGUUUUUUUUAUAAUAAAAAAUAAAAGUAAGCCAUACACA